AUGAUAAUUGUAUAUCGUGUUGUCGCAUUACUUCUUUUUUCACUGGUCUAUAUUAUUGGUCUUGUUGGAAACGGUCUAUUAAUGUUUAUUGUAUUUCGUCAAAAAAAAUUACAUACAGUACCAAAUUUACUAGUUGUUAGUUUGGCUCUUGGUGAUUUUCUAUUUGUUCUGUUUUGUGUACCAUUUGGUGCCGUUGCUUAUUCUCUUAAAUAUUAUCCAUUUUCAACAUUUUAUUGUCGUUUUGAAAAUUUUAUUAUUAAUCUUUCUCUUGGUGUAUCUAUAUUUUCAUUGUUAGCAUUGAGUGCUGAUCGUUAUAAAAUCAUUGCUAAACCAUUUUCAAGUCAUGCAAGUGGCUCAUCAAUAAAAUUAAAAUUAAUUGUUACGUGUAUUUGGCUCUUAUCAGCGUGUCUUGCUCUACCCGAAACAAUCUACAGUGGUCUUAUGGUGGAAACGAAACAAUCGCCUGAUAAUACAACAAUUCAAUUAAUUUAUUGUUGGAGUCCAAAUAAAGAUGAAUUACUUAUUAAUUCUACAUUUAUGAUUACUCGUCAAAUUCUACGAUUAUUUAUUUAUUAUUUAAUGCCUCUCAUGCUCAUUUCAAUAUUUUAUUUUCUUAUUGCUAAAACAUUACUGCAAAAGAAAGAUGUUAUUUAUUCUCCUAGUUUUUCUUCUCGUUCAUUACACAGAAAUUCAAUGCAUGAAGAAAGUCAUUCAUUAAAUAAGAAUAUUCGUCCUAGUCAAGAUCAUGUAUCUAAUCCUCCAAGAAAAAAUACAUUAAAUCAAGAUCUAAAAAAGACGAAACAAUUACGAACGAGACAUAAAGUUGGUAAAACUGUUCUAUUUUUAUGUCUAGUAUUUUUUAUAUGUUGGCUACCAAAACAAUUACAUGAUUUAUAUUGGUUUAUUGGCGUACUUGUCUACGCGCGAAAAUGGAAUCAUUUUUGGCAAACAAAUAAAACUCUUGCUUUAAUUCUAACUUACAUUUAUUCAUGCAUCAAUCCAUUUGCGCUCUAUUUUCUUUCUUCGACAUUUCGUCAUUUUUACAAACGUUACUUAUGUUUUUGGUCAAAUAAAACAUGUUGUUCGCAACGAAAUUUAAUUGAACAUAAACAAAGACGUCGUACUCAAGAAUUAAUGGCAACAAAUGAAUCUAAACGACGUUCAUCUGCAAACAAUACAACAAUCACAGUUUAUUAUGAUUUAAAUCGAAUUACAACUUCAAAUUAUUCUCAACAAUUAAGACCUUGA